AUGUCUGCUCCGCUCAAAGUCGCGCGGCUCGUCUCGCUCGCGCUCGCCACCGCGUUCGGCAUCAUAGGCAUGAGCGUCGGCAUCGACGCCCUCGUCCAGUCCAACCGGCAGAAGAACAAGGUCCACCAGAGCGCACCUGCCGGCGUAUCCGUGUCCAUCCACACCUCCGACGUCUUCGACUCGGGCGUCGUCAACACCGUCGUCUGCGCCCUCCUCGCCGUCGUCUCCUUCUCCGCCCUCGUUACCACCCUCGUCUCCGCCUCUGCGCGCCGCACGUCCCGCAUCUUCGCGCACAUCCUCCUCUUCCUCUCCGUCUGGCUCUUCGCCACCCUCGUGCCCUUCACCGACUUCGUCGCGAACCGCCAGGCCAAUGUCUCCGCGACGCUCGACGGCAUCGCCCUGCCCCAGAGCGUCAUCCAGGCCGUCCAGGCGCAGAGCGGCGUCACGGGCAUCUACCACGAGGUUUUGUACCUCCGCCUCGCGACGGUAUUCCCGUGGAUCGCGUUCCUUUUCGGCGGGCUAUCUGCGGUCUUGUCGUACACCACGGAGCGCAGUGCCGACUCUGCGCGUUACCCGCUCGUGGCCGGCGGCAGGGCGGGUUCCAUCAGGGACGUAGAUGACAAGCGGAAGGAGGGGGAGAAAGUGGGCGUCCAGCAGGUAUAA